CAAUAUCACCAACGCAAGUAAUAUAACUUCUCUUUCUCUCCCUCUCUUUUUAAUAUAACCUCUUUCUCUCUUUAUCUUUCGUUGGGAUACAAAAGAAGGAUAGGAACAUGUCGGAUUGGGUUGCGGCGGUGGUAGCGACCGUUUUGUUUGUGGUUCUGACGCCGGGAUUGUUGUUUCAGGUUCCGGGCAACAACCACUUUGUAGACUUCGGGAAGAUGGAAACGAGCGGAUACUCAAUCCUUCUCCACGCCUUCAUCUACUUCGGCCUCGUCACUGUCUUCACCGUCGUCAUCCACUUUCCAGGCACUUAAUAAUUCUACGUAAUCUUUUACUUAUUACACAAAUAUUUCUUCUUUUUUUCUUACCUAUAUAUAUAUAUAUGCUUUUUUUGACAUUUUGUUAUCAGUUGUACCAUAUUUUCCUAUAUUAUUCACGUGAUUAUUAUUAUGCUA